UAUAAAAAGCUACCGAAGCUGGUGGCGGAGGGACUCGGAGCUGCGUCGCUGCCCAGCCGCCGAACCCACCGGAUUCCUACACUCCAGCCAUGGUUCCCUCGCUGCUCGCGUGGCUGCUGCGCCUGACCGCGUUCUACCAUCUAUGCACCCCGCUGGCGGGUCAACACCUCGGCGUGACGAAAUGCAACAUCACAUGCCACAAGAUGACCUCACCAAUCCCUGUAGCUCUGCUCAUCCACUAUCGGCCGAAUCAGGAGUCCUGCGGCAAGCGGGCCAUCAUCUUGGAGACGAGACAGCACAGACUCUUCUGUGCUGAUCCAAAGGAGAAAUGGGUCCAAGACGCCAUCAAGCACCUUGACGACCAGGCCGCUGCCCAGCGUCAGAAUAAUGGCAAGUUUGAGAAGUUGGUCAAUGUGACACCUGGGAUCACCCUGGCCUCCAGGGGACUGUCCCCAUCUGCACUGGCAGAGCCCAAAGUCACAGUGAAAGGCCUUACUUUGGAGCUGACUACUAUUGCCCAAGAGGCCCAGAGCCCCAUGGGGACUUCCCAGGAGCCGCCAGCAGCAGUGACUGGAUCAUCUCCCUCUACUUCCAAGGCACAGGAUGCAGGGCUUUCGGCCAAGCCUCAAACUACUGGGAUUUUUGAGGAGUCUGCCAUCUCUACCACCAUUCGGCAGAGUUCUGCUGUCUACCAAUCUGAAUCUAGGCUCAGGGCUGAGGAGAAGGCUACUGAGCCCCCAACCACUACAGCCCCAUCUACCCAGGCACCCACCAUUUCACAUUCAACCCCAGAGGAGAAUGUUGGGUCUAAAAGCCAGACCCCAUGGGUCCAGGGACAGAGUCCCAGUACAGAGAAGUCUCUAGGGCCUGAGGAAACAAAUCAAGCUCAUACUGAUGAUUUCCAGGAGAGGGGGCCUGGCAACAUAGUCCAUUCCUCAGUGACCCCUGUCUCCUCUGAAGGGACCCCCAGCCCGGAGAUGGUGACUUCAGGCAGUUGGCCUCCCAAGGCAGAGGAACCCGUUCAUGCCUCUGCAGACCCCCAGAAACUGAGUGUACUUAUCACUCCUGUCCCUGACACCCAGGAAGCUACCCGGAGGCAGGCAGUAGGGCUGCUGGCCUUCCUGGGCCUGCUCUUCUGUCUAGGGGUGGCCAUGUUUGCCUACCAGAGCCUCCAGGGCUGUCCCCGCAAAAUGGCAGGAGAGAUGGUGGAAGGCCUCCGCUAUGUCCCCCGUAGCUGCGGCAGUAACUCGUAUGUCCUGGUGCCAGUGUGAGUUGCCUGCCUGCCUGUGUCCAUAGUUCGAUUCAGACAGCUGUCGGGGACCCCCAUCCUCAUACUCACCUUCGCCCAAACUAAGGCAGUGGGAAUGGGGAGGCUGGGUCCUCUGGGAGCCACGUGCUCCAAGCCCCGAGUUCAGGCCCUGGAGGCCACCCUUUACCAUUACCCCCUUAUCAGAGACAGCCGGUGACCUUCCAGCUCACCUAUAUUUGAAAGACUCCUCUGCUGCUGGCUGGUUGGAGGGGCCCUUGACACCCCAACCCUAGUGAACAAUUAUUUAUUGAAUUCCCAGGCCCCGUGACGCCUGUCUCCUGUGAGCACCGUAGUCCACCCAUCUCAUAAGCAGCAGGUCAGGCCCAUUUGCCUGUCCCUCUGACCUCUUCACAUUUCCUGGGUUUGCUGCACUCGCCAGCCCUUUCCCGUCCCUGGCCAGCUGCGGUGCUAUCUCUCCUCUCUCUCCCUGUCCCCUGUACAGAGCACACUACCGUCACCACCACCACCAAUGCCCUGUCGUGUCUUUUCUUGCAUGAGGUUACCACUGUGUCUCCCGGAGCUCUCUGGGAAGGGAGAUGAGCUAGCGUGGGGUUUUGCUGCCCUCCUCCCUAGACUGUGCAGGGACAGCAUGCUGUAUCUGAAGGCUGGGUCUAGACCCCACUCAACUACCUGCACAGCAAGGCACCACAUCUGUAACAGAAAAGAAGCGUGACCCAGAGAUGGCAAUACCCCACGGCCCUGACUUCCUCUGAGAUCCUUGUCCCCAUCCCUGGAUGCAGCCCCCAGCCCUUCUCCACGCCGACAGUCACUGCCAUCCCACUGGACUGACCCCUUUGCACCCUGUGACUCUGAGGAUGGACAAGGGUGACCUGAGGGUUCAGGUCGUACCCUGUGGGCCCCCACACGGAGGCUGAGUUGGGGACCUGCAGGAACAGAGGCCAGUUCAGAAGGUCCCUUUGUGUCCUCACUAGGCACCCCUACUCCACGCACCAAGAUGACAGUCACAGGUCCGCCCUGCCUGAAAGACAAGCCACAGGAGAGGAUGACGAGCCCUUGGAAGGCAGAGGAUCCAGGGUAAGCACCAGGAGCGGCCGCACACCUGACUGAAGUUUAGGGACUUGAGCGUGGAUGUGCCCAGCCCUCAUGGUUAGGAGGCUGGGUCCUCUCUCAGCUCUGAAAGCCCAGUUCACACCAAGGUCUCACCUUUGCUACAGGCAGGGCCAGAACUCCCAUAACAUUCUCCAAGAGUCCUGUGAAAAUUUCUGGAAGGGACUCUGCCCUGGGCACAAAGUGACUGCUAAAGCCUCCAGCAUGUCCAGCAGGGAACAGUUGGGCAAUACCUGUACUCCAAUAGCUGGAGCUGGACCUACAGACCUUGCCCCCGCCAGGGUCCUUGGUGGCAGCUCUCCCAACCCUGCUCCCCUAAUAGCCCCAACCCUCCACCUUCGGAGCCUCCCAUGGGCGGGUUUCACCCAGAAGUGACUCACUCCUUGGUAGGUAGAAACUCAGGACAGUUGGCUCUGUUCCAGAGUGAGGAAACAAGCCCCUCGAUGACCCUCCCUCCUGGAAAGCUUGUGGGAGGCUCUGGUCUGGCAUUGUGGGCUGGAGGAACAGCAGCCUGGGUGCACUUUGUCCUGGUUCCUUCAGUGCGGAGCCUUCAAGGGUUGGGGCGCCCACUUCCCUAUUGAGAAAGCUGCUGGGGCGUGUGUCCCCUUGUUAGACUUUGUGGGUUCUCCCCAACAGGAUGUGUUGCUAAGACAGUCUGGGGAGGACUUCGGAAGGAGUUGGUCAAUCCUUUGACUUUUUCAAGCAUCAUUACCAAUGUCUGUGCCAUUUUGUAUUUUACUAAUAAAAUAUAAAAGUCUUGUGAAUCAAA